AUGACACAACUCCAUCCUUUAGCUAUAGUGAAUAAUAAUAGGAUUUAUGCUUUGCGUCAAAAUGUGUCUUCUACUAGUCCCAACCCAUUUGCGGAAUUUCGAAUUCAAAAUUUGAAGGGACCGAUCGAUGAAGUAACUUUAAACGAUGCGAUAUUAACACCUUGGGAUGCUCGCGAAAAUUUUAGUUUUCGAGUAUCAGAUUAUGAUGGAAUGUCUGCUACA